AUGGAGAGCCACGAGCUGCCCGACUGGAGCGGCUUCUACGGGGACCCCGCCGAGAGCUGCUCCGGGCCGCCGGGACCGCCCGCCGCCCUGCCGCCCGCCCCGGCAGCACCCACCCAAGCCCCGGCCCCGCGGCGGGCGCCCGCCAAGCCGCCCUACUCCUACAUCUCCCUCAUCGCCAUGGCCAUCGAGCAGGCGCCCGCCAAGAUGCUGACGCUGAGCGAGAUCUACCGCUGGAUCAUGGAGCUCUUCCCCUACUACCGGCACAACCGGCAGCGCUGGCAGAACAGCGUCCGCCACUCGCUCUCCUUCAACGACUGCUUCGUCCGGGUGGCCCGCGGCCCCCACCAGCCCGGCAAGGGCUCCUACUGGGCCCUGCACCCCGGCUCGGGCAACAUGUUCGAGAACGGGUGCUACCUGCGGCGGCAGAGGAGGUUCAAGCUGGCCGAGAAGAGCAGGAGGGCGGCCAAGGCGGCGGAGGGGGCCCCUCGCGUCGCCCCGGGGCCGCCCCGCGGCUUCAGCCACCCCUUCUCCGUCUCCACCUCGGUGGCACCCCGGGCGGGUGACGCCAAGGGCUACGAGUCGCCCGGUGCCGGUGGUCUCGGGGUGCCGGGCGAGGGGAGGGCGCCCUACGAGGUGGCACCCGGCGCCCUGGCCGAGCCCCCCGCCUGCUGCCAGGGCUUCUACGGGCGCCCGCUGCUCGACGCCUCGUAG